AUGGUAUCGUGGGAGGACAGCAAGUCCCCCAAGCCCGGCGACCUCGACGGCAUCGGAGCCGAUAAGUUUGUCGAGUUUUUCCGGCAGGCGUCUCCGUACAUCGUCAACCACCACGGCAGCGUCAUGGUCGUCGUCAUCCCGGGCGAGGUUUUCGUGGCCAAGGACAUCCUGCAAGGCAUCGUCCAGGACGUCGCGCUGCUGCAGUCGCUGGGCGUCCGCGUGGUGCUCGUCCUGGGAUCCAACAAGCAGGUCGAGGAGGGCCUGGUGGACCGCGGCAUCGGCAGCGAGGUCGUCGACGGAUACCGCGUCACCACCCCGGAGGCGCUCGAAGUAGCCAUGGAAGCCGCCGGUCGCAACUCGGUCCUGACGCAGGCGCUGCUGUCGCGCGGGAUCAACGUCGCGGUGACGCGGCGGCACGGCGACCGCGGCAACGACGCCUCGAACGGCGCGGGUUCCGCCACGGGCGUAUCCGGCAACUUCAUCCAGGCCAAGCGAAGGGGCGUGGUGAAGGGGAUCGAUUUCCAGUACACCGGCGACGUCGUCAGCGUGGACGUCAACGCCGUUCGCGCGCGACUGGAGAUGGGCGACGUCGUCUUGCUCUCGUCCCUGGGUUUCAACGCCGCGGGCGAGGUGUUGAACUGCCAAGCGUACGACGUGGCGGUGAGCGUGGCGGUGGACCUAAGGGCGGAUAAGUUGGUGAGUUACCUGUCCCCGGCGGACAUGCCCCGCGACGCCACCACGGGGACGCGGAUGAAGUACAUGCCGCUGAGCGUCGCGGAGGAGUACAUCAUCGACAUCGCGCGGCACGGCGCGUGGAGCGCGGAGACGAUGGAGGCGGUGGGUGGAACCGCGGAGGCGCUUCCGCUGCCGCCGCCCGCGGGGCAGUCGGACGCGGACGGCUGGAUGCUCGACUCGUGGCGGUGGUUGCGCACCGACGGCGGCGACGGCAUGGACAACCCGUUCAGCGUCGGUUCUUCCCCGUGGCAGCGGCUCACGGAGCGGGGUUUGCAGUGGCGGGUCGAGGGAUGCCCGCAGGAGGUGUGCGCCGCGGUGUUCAGCUGCAAAGCCGGGGUUCGUCGCGCGCAUCUCGUCGACUACACCGUCCCGGGCGCGCUCCUCUUGGAGCUGUACACUUACGACGGCGUGGGCGCGAUGGUGAGCAGGGAUCGAUACGAGGGCACCCGACCCGCCAAGCCCGGGGAUUGGAUCCACAUCAAGUCCAUCCUGCAGCCCCUCGCCCGGGAGGGCACCACGGUUCAGAUGACGGACGAGGCGCUCAUCGCGGAGGUGAGCAAGGGGAACUUUUCGGUGAUGGAACGCGACGGGAAGGUCAUCGCGUGCGCCGCGCUUCGUCGGUACGAGUGGAACGAAUCGAACAACGUGGCGGCGUUCGCAGUGCGGCCGGGGUACCGCAACGAGGGCCGGGGCGAUCAGCUGCUGCAGUACCUGGAGAGCCGAGCGAGGGGCGCGGGUAUCGAGAAACUCUUCCUGCUGACGACGCGGACGGCGGAUUGGUUCGUGGAGAGGGGUUUCAUCCACGCGGGCGCCGCGAUCGACUCGCCGCUGCUGCCGCCGGGGAAGCAGGCGCAGGAGGGGCGCAACUCCCAGCUCUACAUACGCACCCUCAAGGACUGA